CGAUGCUUCAAACGAACGCUGUUCCAUCUUGUCUUUGACAUAAACGCCGCUGGCUCUAAAACAGGAGUUGACGUGUAGAAUGCGAUGAUCACAAUGGAGCAAGAGUUGCCAGCUCAAGUGUUGAGUCUAUACAAACCUUUCAAUGAACGACAACAAUUUGCCUCAAAGAAUGGAUGAGGUUGUUGUAGAUUAUAUGUUCGAGAAAUUGUCCGCUACAGUUCCCGUUCCCGUGUGCCAUGAGUGGGGGGUGGGUACACAAGCCCUGAACCAAUUUUCACCAGGCGCAGUUCGUUUUGUAUAAAGUCCUGAUAUUCCCGAUGUCCUGUCGUAAGUCUUAGCAUUCCUGCAGUAGCUCUUUCAACCUCGCCCUACACCUGAGGCAUACUACUGGCACGCUACCACUUUCCAUCUCUUGUCUUCAUCUCCGCCCCCCGCAUCGACAGUUCCUGUCCAUCGAAUACCUCAGAUUAUUUAUAUAUUCGAAGUUUAAACUUUACACUUUCACUAGUGACAAAGAGAAGAUCGAUUCUUCUCCACCUCUACAGCAAUGAAGGCAUCAAUUGUGGCGGCCGCUGCGUUGCUUAGCAGCGUUGGAGCCGCUCCGCCGCCUCCUCAUCCUCCUCCACCACCACCACCGGUACUGUCACUACGACUACCAACGCCAUCGCAACCCGGUCCACUGGCAUCCGGGCCACCGCAAGCAGAAUCCCAGCUUGGAACGGAUGAGCUAGCGGACGUUGGACUGCGCAACUUGAGGUUGUUCCUGGAUGCCCAGCGUGUGAACACGAAAAAUGUAGGACCACCUGGCCCAAAGGAUGCAAAGAAGUGCACUUUGGAAAAUGCCGCAGUGCGACGAGAAUGGUCAGCUCUAUCUGAAAAGGAGAAGAAGGAGUACAUUGCUGCCGUGCAGUGUCUGGCUGAGAAGCCAUCAAAGACACCAUCGGAGCUCGCACCCGGUGCGAAGUCAAGGUAUGAUGACUUUGUGGCAACACACAUCAACCAAACCUUGAGCAUCCAUGGAACAGGCAACUUUCUCACCUGGCACCGAUACUUCACGUGGGCUUAUGAACAAGCACUAAGGAAUGAGUGCGGCUACAAAGGCUACCAACCGUACUACAACUGGCCAAAAUGGGCCGAAGACCCUAGAAAAUCGCCUCUCUUUGACGGCAGCGACACUAGCAUCUCCGGUGAUGGAGAGUUCAUCGCCGGCCGCAACAACACAUGCAUUCCCUCGCCCGACGCCUGCGGCAUCAGCCUGCCUCCCGGUAACGGCGGAGGAUGCUUGAAAUCUGGCCCCUUCAAGGACUUCAAGGUAAACCUGGGUCCUGUAGUUCCCGUGUCUGCCAACAUCCCACCAAACCCCCAACCAGAUGGGUUGGGCUACAAUCCAAGGUGUCUCAGCAGGGACAUCUCGCUCAACGCCUCCCAAGGCUGGACCCGCGAUUCCUCCGUAGUGCACCUCCUCAAAGAAAACCCCGUCUACCUAGACUUCGCAACCAACAUGCAAGGUAACUUCCCUGAAGGCUUCCUGGGUGUCCACACGGGUGGUCAUUUCACGAUCGGUGCGGAUCCCGGAGGUGAUUUGUUUGCGUCGCCCGGCGAUCCUGCGUUUUACUUCCAUCAUGCUAUGAUUGAUCGGUCGUACUGGACGUGGCAGAACUUGGAUGUGGAGAAUAGGAUGUUUGCGCUUGGGGGUACGCUCACUGUAGGUAACAACCCGCCGAGUCGGAAUACGACGUUAGAUGAUGUCUUGAAUUUGGGGUUUGUGGGUGUGCCGGAGGUUCAGAUCAGGGAUGCGGUUGAUACACUUGCGGGUCCGUUCUGCUACGUGUAUGCUUAG